AUAGUUACGCGUACCCCAGGUUGAGAACCGCUGUUCUUCAUAAGUCUUGGUUAAAUUAUGCGUUAUUUUUAUGAAUUGUGACUAUUUUUGUAUUAGUAUGAUUUCAAUUUGGAAAAAAAUGUACUUGAGAAAAUGGCAAUAUGGAGUAAAAUACGGGAAGAAGCUAAAAUUAAACGCCAUUCACAGGCGGCUGAAUUCAAAAAACAAGAUUAUUUAGAUUUAGAUAAGUUAACACUAUUAAAUCCAGCACAACCACAAAAUACUCAAGUCUUACAACCAAUACCUGCUCAACAAAUGAACUUCAAAAUGUCUUCAUAUGACACCAUGCUCACAAAAAAUAUAAAUAUUUCAGAUUUUGAGUCUGAUACAUCCAGUCCAUUUGACAACAUGGAAUUAAAAACUAUUAAUGAUUUAGAAGAAUUAGCUUCCGUCUUAAAACCAACACCURUCUACAAUAAUACCAAUUCAAAAAAUGUUCAACAAUCUGAUAUAAAUGUUUCUCAAUAUUAUCCAAAACCUAUUUACAAUAAUUAUCCAGAAAAUUUUAGUAGCAAUAAAUUUUUGCAUAGUCCAAAUACAAAAACAAACCAGACUAUUCGCAUGUCCAAUUUAAAUGUUUUUGAUGAUCAAAAGGAUAUAGCAAAUUUGCCACCYGUUACUAUGCCAAAUAUUUUAUUACAAUUGGAGGCUGAUUUAAAUACUUUAAAGUUUAAUGAUGAAUCACCAAAUGAUCCACAAAAAUCUCUACCACACAUUACAACAAAUGGGUCUAAAUCGCCUUCAUGUUCAUUUCCUAAUCCAUACAGAUCACUUUCUCCAACUAGCCAAUGUCUUGCUGAUCAAAUGCAUCAAAUGGGAUUUUCUUUAUCGCGUGCUGCACGAGCUUGCAAACUAUUUGGUAAAGACGAAUCAAAGGUGAUAGAGUUUUUAAUUCAAAUACAUUCCAUUGAAGAGUCUAGCGGUUAUACUGCUGAUCGUGUAGAACAAGCACUAGUGGUUAAUAAUUUUAAUGCUGAUCAUGCAAUCACWUUUCUUAAAAAUGUUGAUAGGCUUAUUGAUUUCGGAUUCCGAGAAGAAAAUAUAUGCAGUGCACUAGUAAAAUGCAAUAAUGAUCCUGAUAAAGCACUUGAUAGUCUUGUGUCUUAUUAAAUAAUAUAAUUUGCACAAGAAUAUGUUAACCUAAACGAUAACUAUGUAUUGUUUAAAAUUAUCAUUGACAGCCAAACAGGUGUGUUCAAUUUAUUGUGAUAAAUAUAUUAUACACGUGUUACAAAAAUUGAAACAUAUUUUAAAAUGGUAUACAUGUAUAAUUAUUAUAAUAAUCUUUUUAUUUCAUGUAAUAAUUGCUUUACACUGCUUUAUGUUCCCUACUUAUAUUCUGUAAUAGAAUUUUA